AUGAGAAACAAGAAGAAUAAAAACAAUGCCAAUGCCAACGACAACGACAACGACAACGACAACGACAACGACGACGACGACGGCUAUGAUGACGGCGGCGGCGGCGAUAAAGAUGAACAAUACGACAAAAAGGUUAUUCUUUUGUUUAGGUUGAAAAAAAAAAAGACGAAAGAGAAAACACUGAUACUGAUGAUGACGACGAUAGUGAUGACGAUGCUCUUUCCCUUCUUUUCUCUUUUGUUUUUUUGAUA